UCAAGGCCAUCCACUGUCUGGAGCUGUUCCAACCUGGCUUUUGGUUCCUUGAGUGACAUGCUAGAAGGAAGGCCUUAGCCUUCGGUGCUGCAGGGCACAGAGAGAGGAGGGUUCCAGCAGGAGAGUGACAGUCUGGGGUUUGCUAGGCACUGCUGGCCAGGGACCCAUAUUUAUCCAGAGCUGGUACACAUUCCCCGUUGCUCACACAAUAUGUGCGCGCGCAAACACACACACACACACACACACACACACACACACACACGCACACUCACACACACACACCAAGAAUUGCCCUUUUCAUGUCUUAAAAGAAUCAUUUGGAAUUUUGAUGAAGUUUUUAUUUAAUCUGGCUUUCUUUGGGUUGGAUAGCUAUUUUUACCAUGUUAAUCUUGUCAAUCCACGAUCAUGGGAUAUCUCUCUAUUUUCUGAGUUCUUUGAUUUCUUUCUAGAAUACUUGAUGUUCUGUCAUAAAAGAACUUCACUUGUUUGGAUACAGUUACCCAAAGGUAUUUUAUGUUAUUUUUAACUAAUGUAAAGGGUGUUGUGUUUCUAUUUUCCUUCUCAGCCCAUUUAUCAUUUGUAUGAAGAAAGGCUACAGAUUUGUUAGAGUUAAUUUUAUAUUCAGCCACUUUGCUGAAGUUGUGAAUCAGCUUUAAAAGUUCUUUGAGAGAAUGAUUGGGUUUGCUCCUGUAUACUAUAUCAUCUGUAAAUAGUGAUACCUUGGCUUUUUAUUUGCCAAUUUGUAUCCCCUUGAUCUCCUUUUGUGGCCUUAGUGCUCUAGCUAGAACUUUGAGUAGUAUUUUGAAUAGAUUUGGGGAGAGUGAGCAUCCUUGUCGUGCUCCUGAUUUUAGUGGGGUUGCUUCAAUAUCUUUCCAUUUAAUUUGAUGUUGUCUGAUGGGUUUGUUGUAUAUUGGCCAUAUUACAUUUAGGUGUGUGACUUGAAUUCCUGAUUUUUCCAAUACUUUUAACAUGAAGGAGUGUUGUAUUUUUUUUUUCAGAAUUAGAUGCUUUUUUAGCAUCUAAGGAGAUAAGCAAUUCUUACUUACCAAUUAGCAGCAGCAACAACAACAACAACAACAAUAGGGAAAAAGUUAGGCAGUAUAAGGAAAAUCAAAGGGAACUCAGAAGCCUUGGGUCCUAAUUUGACACUUUUUUUUCUCCCCAAGACAGGGUUUCUCUGUAUAGCCCUGGCUGUCCUGGAACUCACUCUGUAGACCAGGCUGACCUCGAACUCAGAAAUCCGCCUGCCUCUGCCUCCCAGAGUGCUGGGAUUACAGGCGUGCGCCACCACCGCCCGGUGAUUUGACACUUUCAUGUAGUAACAAGAGGCAGAGUUUAAUUUAUGGAAGCCUCGGGCUUAUUGCUUCUAAACAGCACAAAUGAAAUAUGUUCGGCAUAUCUGCACACGUGACUAUGCGACUGGAUUUGCUUAUAGGACAGCAAUGCCAAAUCACUGAACGACUUGAACUGCGUUGUGGGGUUGGUAAGUUGAAUACCUCAAUUCUUUCCAAGGUGAGAGAUAAAGCUAUGGUGAAACUGUGAAAGGAAAGCAGACUUCACAUGAAUCUUUGUCUUUAAUCCUUAACAACACAAACAACAACAAAAUCUCAAACUCCUGGGCACAGCUAUGCCAGGAAGAUCAAAGGGCACUGUAGAGUCUCCUGGUCCAUGGGAUUCCCUGCCCCUGGGAACACUGUUGACUCUCCAGGCUGCACCAGCACCUCACCAUAGGGUGUCUGGAGUCCUCUGAGGAUCUACAAUGCAGAGUCAUGAAAUAGUACAGCACACCUAGCACUCUUCAGCUUCAAGCACGGAUUCCAGCCCCAAGGGGGACUGCAAGCUGUACCAGAAUCACAGUUCCACUGCACCAACAAUCUGAACUCUUGCAAAAUCAGCAGGACUUGAGAGUUUGAAGACCUUUAAGUGACAGCAUCCAUGUGCCUGAGAUCUAGGGCCCAGAGCAAGCUACCUGGUCCUAAAGGUCAAAUCCAAGGUCAGCUGGGCCUGGUAGUAAAGAUGAGGAUGCAUCCUGCCCAGGAAGACAGGGAGGCUUCAAACAGUGCACUGCAGUUCCCUCAGAAUAUCCACACAUCUCCCCAGCCCAUCAACGCAGAGGAAAUUGAUUUCACGACUGGACAUGCAGGGGCUUACAGCACUUCUCCUAUGCAGUGCUCAGCCCUGCAUAAAAAUAGCUUCCUGGUGCUUAAAGGGGAACCAAGCAAAGUCAUAGAGAUGUCAACUUCCAAGACUGGGAAGCAUGGUCAUGCCAAGGUACGCCUUGUUGGAAUUGACAUUUUCACUGGCAGAAAACAUGAAGAUAUCUGUCCCUCUACUCACAACAUGGAUGUUCCAAAUAUUAAGAGAAAUGAUUAUCAAGGUGAAGUUCCCUCCUUUUUGAGGUUUCCAUUCAUUAUCCUUUGAAGGACUAGAUUUGUGGAAAGGAGUAAGAACAAGUUUAAGAUAAAAUGUAUCAUCCCACUGGAUAACCUGUGGGCUGUGGAUAAUGUGGACCUAGUCAGAAAACAAGCAAACCUGUCCAGCAAGAACCUUUUCCUGCCCACUGGAAAUUUUUUGGCCACCUUUCUGUAAGAGCAACACUCUGGACCAGUAUUCACAGGAAGAUAGCUGUAGAAAUUGUUGGGCAACUUAAUGCUUCCUAAUUCACAGAUCAAGCCAAUUAACCAGGAUGUUUACAAAAUCCAGUUUAGUUUGAUUUUAUACAAGGUGACAACUCCAACUUUACCCUUCUAUGAUGACCCCAUUUUGUCUAUAAUUUCCACAACAUACAUUUCACAUCUAAGGAUAUACCUUAGUUUUUGAUCUGUGAUGUUCAUCAGGAUUCAAAAAGAUUCAAAAAGACAAAUGGAGGAACAUUGUCUUCUAAGAAGGAUGUGGACAAAACAGAACAAAGCAAAACAUAUCCUCCACUUUCUUUGCUCCAUAAUGUCUGGUAUUAUUUAGGCUUUGAAAAUAAACAAAUUGAUUUUUCUCCAAUAA